AUGGCUUCAUCCCUGCCUCCAAAUGUCCACAUCUCUAAACAUCCGUGCCUUCGUGCAAAGCUGAGCCAGCUGCGUUCGAAAAGCACGAAUGCUCGAGAGACCAAGGCACUCGUGCAUGAGAUUUCCUUGCUGCUGGGUUCAGAGGCGCUUGCACAACUUGAGCUCGAGAGCACUGGGACGGAUGUGACGCCCAUAGACUUCGAGUACCCGUACGAGAGCAUUGACUGCUCCAAAGUUACCAUCGUCCCCAUCCUGAGAAGUGGGCUGGCCAUGGUCGAAGGCGUCCAGACGCUGCUUCCCGAUCCUGUCUCCGUCCACCACCUCGGUCUCUUCCGUGAAAAAAUGACGCUGCAGCCCGUCGAAUAUUACAACAACCUUCCUCAGUCCCCAGAGCAGGUUGCAAAAUUGGCCAUCAUCGUCGACCCCGUGUGCGCCACGGGUGCCACAGCGUGCGCCGCUAUCCAGAGCUUGAGGGACUGGGGCGUGGAGAACAUCAUUUUUCUGUGCGUGCUGGGAGCCGUUCCUGGUCUGGCCCGCGCCGCCGAAGAAUGGCCAGAAGGGACCCAGGUCUGGGCAGGCGGCGUCGACGAUGGGUUGACCGAUAAAGGCAUGAUAAAGCCUGGACUGGGGGAUAUUGGCGAUCGCCUCUUCCUUACCCUGGGAAAGUAA